CCGACCGCCAAUCAAUCACGGAAAAAUGGUUUAUCCAGCACGCUUUCAGGCGCCACAAGCUAACGCGCUGCAGUUGUCCUACUCGCCGGGGCAUACGCCAUUGCCACAGAAGCCGCGCAUGAUAAUACAGCUGCCGUCCUGGAAGAGUAUACGACGCACGGCCGGCGAAAUCAGCGCCUCCGCCUGGGAGCUGGCCUUCCGCUUCGGCCAGAGCACGACAAUUCACGGCGUCAAUCGGUUGUUCAGCAGGAACGCCGGAAAGUAUGAACGCUGCGUCUGGUUCCUCACCGUUAUGCUCGCUCUACUCGGCGCCAUUUACGUUAGUCUCUUGCUCUCUGAUCGCUUCAGCGAAGGCCGUUUAGAAACUGUAGUGGAUAGCACGCGUUGGCCCGUCUAUCAUAUUCGCUUUCCGGUAGUGGCCAUUUGCAAUUUGAACCAACUGAAUUGGCAAAGACUAGAAGAGGCCAAGCGUCGUUAUCUUGAGCCCGAUACGACACCGGAAAAUCAAGAACUUUUCGAGCGUGUUCUUGGCAGUUUUGACAACAUAAAGUUUGCCGGUUUUGAAAGUUUUAUGAAAUUCAAAAACAUUUCUCUCGAUUCGUUGAAUUACAUCAACUUUACCGAAGUAAUGACAUUUAUGACUUGGCGUUGCGAAGAAUUAUUAAGUGAAUGUAUUUGGAAUCAUUUCCCCAUGAACUGUUGUGACAUCUUCUCUUUGCGACGCAGCAAAAAUGGUCUCUGUUGGGCUUUCAACACUUUGGAAACGGAUGAGGGACGACAGCGCCAAAAGGUUGAUACGCUGUGGCCUUGGCAUACAGGUGCCGCCGGUCCGCGUAGUGGCCUCAUAGUGCGCGUAGAUGUCAAUCCAGAGAAACAGUAUCCCAAAAGCACCAACAAGAAGGGUGUAAAUGUUAUGAUCGUGGAACCAACCGUGUGGCAUAAGGAUCCAAUGAACAUACCGGAAAAUACGCACACAAUGAUAGAAGUGGAGCCCGUCGUUUAUUUCUAUGACAAUAACACGCGUGGAUUGGGUUCUAAGUUGAGAGAGUGCAUUUUCGAUGACGAAGGGGGCGCUAGAAAUUUUCGCACACUUCAAGGUUACGUUUAUAUGAUUGAAAAUUGCCAAUCGGAGUGUCAUCAACAGUACUUGGUGAAGUUUUGCAAUUGCACAAUGGAUCUGCUAUUUCCACCUGGACCCUAUCCUAGCUGUCGCGCAAAGGACUUGGUGUGUUUGGCGCAAAAUAACGAACACUUUGUGUAUUCACACAGCGCGGAGGAGGAAUUAUAUGUGCACAACUAUCACGAGGGCAUGAUUUGUGAGUGUUUCCGCAAUUGCUUCUCGCUCAACUAUAUGUCGGAUGCGCGUCCAUCAUUUCUACCGCCGGAAACGCGCGGCAAUCACUCAUAUAUCUUCUUGGAUGUACAUUUCCGUUUCGAGACAAUGAUGGUUUAUCGCACAAGUUUAAUCUUCGGUUGGGUGGACUUGAUGGUCGCCUUUGGUGGCAUUGCUGGUCUCUUUCUCGGCUGCUCGCUAAUUAGCACCAUGGAGUUGGCUUACUUUCUGCUCGUCGAUCUGCCUACCUUUGUGCUUCAAAAAUAUCGAAACAAUAAGAGUAAAAUGCAAGAUAAACGACGUUCUGUUGUUGGGCCCUUGGAGCAAUUACAAGUGAAAAAUAAUAAUUGGAAACAAAUUCAGCAGUUUAAUAUGAAAAGCCAGCUAAUUCAACCACAAAGCUAUGAAAGUCUUUAUAGCAACAGCAAAAUGAACAAGAAACUGCCGCUAAUCACAGACUGGCAGAACCCACCAGUCGCUAAAAUACACUACUAAAAAGUUUAUAAAGACUAUAAAUAUUUGUUGAGCAACUUAGUGGAAUUUAAAUGCGGAAAUAUCAAAACAAUAUGUAACUUAAAAUAUACAUAUGUCAAUGUAAUGAAAUCUGUGUUCGAAUCGCCAUUCUUCUACUCGCGCUCUUGGCACAAAAUUUACAUGUAAAAACAGCAACAAAGUUAUCGUGUUGCAUUUCACGAGUUAUGAGGAUACCUAGACAAAAUACUAUUUUUUUCAUUCGCUGCAACAGUAUUAAGGCAUCAUUAUUAUUUUGGACUCUUUAGACCAGUCUAACUAUUGUGAGUGGUUAAAAUUACAAGUUUAUUUAAAAGAUUUUUUAAAUCAUGAGGCUUAACAUUAAUAAUAAUUGAUUAUAGAAACGAAACUAAAGAAAAGAAAAAACAAAACUCAAAAAGAAGUAUUUCUCUCGCUAAAAAUAGUAUAAUUGCGCAUGCGCCAGAAAACAAGUCAGAACAGAAAUGCACGUCAAGUAAUGUCCGUUACUUUCAACAUCUGGUUUGUUCUAGUCACUACUCUCCAACACUUGGCGAAUCGAGAGGAACUAAUAAAAAAACAUUAAAAAUAAUUAUGGUUAAAUUACCAAGCUUAUAAC